GAUGCCAGGAAAGCAUGUGGGGACUCAACCCUGACACAGGUAAGUAUCACACAUAUCCACAUAAAAUACAGUAUGAUUGGUAUAGAUUUGUCUUGUGUCUGAAGGCCCCUUAAGAACACAAUCAAUAAAAGUGUUUACCAAUGCCUUAACCAACAUACAAUAUAGCUUACAGUACAUUACAUUGCCACAUUAACUAUGUGAUGAACUUGUCUUUACGUGACUUUUCUGUGUGUUUGUGUGUCAACCAGAUAACAGCAGGUCUGGAUCCAGUGGGGAGGAUUCAGAUGCGGACGAGGCGCACUCUUCGUGGCCACCUGGCUAAGAUCUAUGCCAUGCACUGGGGCACAGACUCUAGGUGUGUUUAACGUUAUGCCAACCCCUUAGGGGGCUUUUCCCUCUCUCUUCACACUCUCACUCAUGGUGGUACAAGCUGUGCUUGUUUUGAUUAGGUAUAAUACAAUGGUUCUACCCAAUUGUCUCCACAGGCUCCUGGUCAGCGCCUCUCAAGAUGGAAAACUGAUCAUCUGGGACAGCUACACCACUAACAAGGUGAGAGCUGCACCCAAAUAACAACAACAAUAAUACAAUAAUAACAACAACAAUAUCCCCUGGUCUCACCAAGAGCCCUGAAUAGGUUGACUCAUUGUCAACCUUCAGGAAUUGGAAAUGAAAUGGGAGCCUACCAAAGACCUUCCUUUACUAGGAAUGUGUGUUUGACUCAUCUCAUAAUCUGCUUACAACAUAACCACCCAGAGUCACUUUGACAUCCAAACAUUGUAAAUUAUAUUAUGCGAUAUCUCCCUGAAAAGAUCCCCAAAUGUCAAUAUAGAGGAAGCAUAAUGGACUACUAUUGUGCUGUUCUGCUCUGUCUGGAUUUGGACUUGGAGAAGGACGCAUGCCUGGCUCCAGUUGUGAUGCCGCUCUCUCCUUCUCCAUGGCCAUGCCUCUAUUCUGUGACACACAGUGACCAACUCUUAUCCCCCCCUCCAGAUGCAUGCUAUCCCCCUGCGCUCCUCCUGGGUGAUGACCUGUGCGUAUGCCCCCUCUGGUAACUACGUGGCCUGUGGAGGUCUGGACAACAUUUGCUCCAUCUACUGCUUGAAGACCCGCGAGGGCAACGUCAGGGUCAGCAGGGAAUUACCCGGACACACAGGUGAAGCAUUACUAUAAACAAAUACCUAUGUGACUAAAAGCUUGAGGGAUUUUGUGUUCGUUUUUCAUUGAGAAAUCAUGGAAUUGUCUUAGCUAGGUUAUGUGAGUUCAUUUGAACCUCCCUGACUAUGGUUGUGUAUGCAGUUCAGUUGUGUAUUCCUACCUGUCCCCUGUCCCUCGUUGAGCCCCAGGUUCCAAACAAGGAAGAUUUUAAUUCACAUGGCUAAUUAGUCACAGGGCAACACAAUUAUAACGAGCUGAGACAGCUAGAAUGUCCCUCAGCUGCAUUACAGCACUAGCUCACCUGUGGCUUUCAAAUGACUCACAUUCUGUAGGAUGAGUACUGUUGUAAUUAAGUCUCUGUAGGAGUAGCACACAUUGAUGUGCUGCAGUUAGUGUUCUAAUAUAUGUUUUUAUUUGUGCUACAGGUUACCUGUCCUGUUGCCGUUUCAUCGAUGACAAUCAAAUCAUCACAAGCUCAGGAGACACUACCUGGUGAGUCCUGAUGGAACAGUUACCAAGGCUGAUGGAGAAUGCAAAUCUAAAUAUACUAUACCCCCCACAUUUUAGCGUCCCGCCUUGUGACAGCGAAUAUCUUUUUCUUUUUACGUUUUAAAGUUCAUUUCCUGCAAUUCUACACAUUUUGCCAUAGGGUGGAGGCAGAUGUUUGCAGUUUUUAUAUGAUAACUGAUGAUCAAUGGGCCCAACCAUGGUCGGUAAUUCGACCAUGCGUACUACAAGUUUAGAGAGAUUGGUAAAUUAGUCUAGCGACCAGCUAAAGACAAAUUAGCUGACAUGGGCUAAUUGAGCAUGGCCACAACCAAGUAUAGAAAUUGCACCUUGUGUGUAUUCUAUUAUUCUAACUCUCAACAGUAAGUUGAGACCCCGACCUGAGUUCCAAAAAAUAUAUACAUUAUAUUUUCUUUGUGUGAAAUUAGUCCACGGCCUACAAAAGGGGGGCCGCCAGUUGCCCAUCUCUGGUCUAUACUGGUACUAGCUAUGAGCUAAACCAAACGUACACUAAAAAUGGUCUGAUAACAGUUGUUAAAUCCAGUGGGUCCCUGUUCUGUUCUCUCCUCCAGUGCGCUGUGGGACAUUGAGACCAGCCAGCAGACCACAGUGUUUUCGGGCCACAGCGGUGACGUCAUGAGCCUGUCUCUGUCCCCAGACUUCCGCACUUUUGUGUCUGGAGCCUGUGACGCCUCCAUUAAACUGUGGGACAUCAGGGACAGCAUGUGCCGACAGACGUUCACGGGCCAUGAGUCUGACAUCAACGCAGUCUGUGUGAGUGUGCUGACAAGCUGGGGGCCACUGGUGACCUGCUUUCUGGUUCAUGUCAUGGCAUUAAGCCAGGAAACCAUAGACAUGUCACUGUUUCCAAAGUCCUUCAUGUUAGCUGCACUAGCUAAUGCUUAGUGUUUAAUGUACCUAAUGUUAGUUUCAUGGCUAGCUGAUCUACCAUGUCUGUCCCUCCCUCUCUCUUUCCUCUUCAGUUCUUUCCCAAUGGCAGCGCCUUUGCCACCGGCUCCGACGACGCCACCUGCAGGCUGUUUGACCUGCGCGCCGACCAGGAGCUCAGCCUGUACUCUCACGACAACAUAAUCUGUGGCAUCACCUCCGUGGCCUUCUCCAGAUCUGGACGGCUGCUGCUGGCCGGCUACGACGACUUCAACUGCAACAUCUGGGACGCCAUGAAGGGAGAUCGAGCAGGUCAGUGGGGUGGGGUGGAGUAGGAGGGAGCAGCUGACAUUUAGGUGGCAGCCAUUGUUGUAUAGUUGUUUCUGGCUAUUCAUCAGACCCGUGACUGAUAACUGAAAACAAAUGAUAACUGAAAAGACAAAUGUUAGACUUCAAUUCACAAGCUGAUCUCAGUAAAGUUUAAUUCAACUCUCCUCUAAGGGAUCCCUGUGUUAAGGGAUAUUGUUAGAUGGGGGAUUGAUAAGAUGGCUAACUAAGACACCUGAUUACACUUUGUUUGUCCCUCUCUGUGUCAGGAGUGUUAGCUGGCCAUGACAAUCGCGUGAGCUGUCUAGGCGUGACUGAUGAUGGCAUGGCG